CCUUUUUUCACUUCACCAGCUCCCUGCAAACUUUCUCUCUCCUCCCUGUCCCUCUCUCUCUUUCGUUUGCAGUAUUUCGCAAAAUCCCCAACUUUGGGACGCCUCCCUUCUUCCCCAUCAUCUCACCCCUUUCACCUCGGCCGCCACUCUCUAUCACUCUUUCUCGUCCCACUUUUUCACUCCGAUUUCUAGGGUUUUCCGACGAACUGAAAUCCCCACUUUCCCCCUAAUUUCCCUAGGUUUUUCCGAGCUGGAUUCUAUCUCCUACCUUCAAUUAAUCUCUAUGCGUCGCUGGUGUACUGGGUUCGUCGAUUGAGCUCCACUCUACAGGAGAGAAUCGAUACAUGAAAUAGAUAGAUAGGUAGAUAGAUUGAUUCCCCUUUUGAUUAUACUAAUUUAGGGCAUAUUAGCACAAAAUAGGAGCUGAUUUUGGUUUAAUUUUAUCCCUUCUAUUACAUUUGGUGUAAAUGGUUUUGAAUUUAUUAUUGGGUAGGUAGAAAAGGGGGGAGGGUGGGUUUCUGGGUGUUUGAUUUGGAUGGCAUUGGGUGAUUUGAUGGCCACAAGGUUUGCAGAUUCUACAGUUGUGGUAUCUAAUAACUUGGAUGAGUAUUUGAACCGGGAUGAUGUCGAGUUGUAUCGUGCUCGGGAGGUUCCGGAUGAUGCCAGUACGAGUGGCGGUGGUAAUGUCUAUGAAAAUGCUAUCACUGUGUUGUCUACUGCUGCAGGGAAUACCUCUACUGCCACUAGUAUGAUGUAUUUGCCGCAAACUAUUGUGUUCUGUGAGCUUCGGCAUGAGGCGUUCGAGGAUUCUGUUCCUACUGGGCCUGCUGAAAGUGGGUUGGUUUCGAAAUGGCGGCCUAGGGACCGAAUGAAGACGGGAAUGGUAGCUCUUGUUUUAUGUUUAAAUAUCAGUUGUGAUCCACCUGAUGUUAUUAAGAUAUCUCCUUGUGCGAGGUUGGAGUGCUGGAUAGACCCGUUGGCCAUGGCACCUACAAAGGCACUGGAAGCUAUUGGAAAGGCCCUUAGUUUGCAAUAUGAAAGAUGGCAACCCAAGGCUCGGUAUAAGUACCAACUUGAUCCGACUGUAGAUGAAGUGAAGAGACUAUGUAAUACUUGUCGUAAAUUUGCGAAAGCAGAGAGAGUUUUGUUUCACUACAAUGGACAUGGAGUGCCAAAACCAACGACGAAUGGUGAAAUCUGGCUCUUCAAUAGGAAUUAUACACAGUAUAUCCCCUUGCCAGUCACUGAGUUGGAUUCCUGGCUAAAAUCACCUUCAAUCUAUGUGUUUGAUUGUUCUGCUGCUGGAAAUAUAGUCAAUGCUUUCAUAGAGCUUAUUGAUGCUUCUACUUCCUCUGGUGCUGCGAAGGAUUGCAUUUUGCUUGCAGCAUGUGAAGCACAUGAGACCCUUCCUCAGAGCGCUGAGUUUCCUGCUGAUAUUUUCACUUCUUGCCUCACAACACCUAUUCAGAUGGCCUUGAGAUGGUUCUGCAAACGCUCAUUGCUUCGUGAAUCUCUUGAUCAUUCACUUAUAGACAAAAUUCCCGGUCGUCCAAAUGAUCGUAAAACACUUCUAGGUGAACUUAAUUGGAUUUUUACAGCAGUGACAGACACAAUUGCUUGGAAUGUUCUCCCACAUGAUCUUUUUCAGAGGUUAUUCAGACAAGAUCUGUUAGUUGCCAGUCUGUUCCGCAACUUUUUACUGGCGGAGAGAAUAAUGCGUUCAGCUAACUGCUCUCCGAUUUCGUAUCCAAUGUUGCCGCCAACUCAUCAGCAUCAUAUGUGGGAUGCGUGGGACAUGGCUGCUGAAAUCUGUCUUUCUCAACUUCCAUCACUAGUUCAUGAUCCAACUGCGGAGUUCCAGCCUAGUCCUUUCUUCACGGAGCAGUUGACAGCAUUUGAAGUAUGGCUUGACCAUGGAUCUGAGCAAAAGAAGCCACCCGAGCAGUUGCCUAUUGUUCUUCAGGUCUUACUUAGUCAAUGUCACCGUUUUCGGGCUCUGGUGCUUCUUGGGAGAUUCCUUGAUAUGGGACCCUGGGCUGUUGACCUGGCGUUGUCCGUUGGUAUAUUCCCAUAUGUUCUUAAGCUGUUGCAAACUACAACACCUGAACUGCGGCAAAUUCUUGUUUUCAUUUGGACAAAGAUUCUUGCUCUUGAUAAGUCAUGUCAGGUUGAUCUAGUGAAGGAUGGAGGUCAUACAUAUUUUAUUAGAUUUCUUGACAGCUCUGAAGCGUAUCCUGAGCAGCGAGCGAUGGCUGCAUUUGUUUUAGCGGUCAUUGUAGAUGGGCAUAAACGAGGACAAGAAGCUUGUAUCGAAGCUGGUUUACUUGAUGUUUGCCUUAAGCACCUUCAAGCUUCAACUCCAAAUGAUGCUCAGUCUGAACCCUUAUUUCUUCAGUGGCUUUGUCUCUGUCUAGGAAAGAUGUGGGAGGACUUUACAGAGGCUCAGAUAGUAGGUUUACAGGCAGGUGCUGCUGUGAUAUCAGCAUCUCUACUGUCUGAGCCCCAACCUGAGGUUAGAGCCUCUGCUGUCUUUGCACUGGGAACUUUGCUUGGUAUUGGAUUUGACUCUUCAGGAGAUAUAGGGGAUGAAGAGGUUGAUGAUGAUGAAAGGAUAAGAGCUGAAAUUAGUAUAAUUAAAAGCCUUUUAAGUGUUGUUUCAGAUGGAAGUCCUCUUGUCAGGGCUGAGGUUGCAGUAGCUUUAGCUCGAUUUGCUUUUGGCCAUAACAGGCAUCUCAAAUCCGUAGCUGCCACUUAUUGGAGAUCCCAGCCAAGCUCUGGGCUCAGUACCCUGCAUAUUAGUGGUACAGGCAGCGGUUAUAGUACUCCAAGCCAUUAUGUUCCUCCAGGAAGUAUCAUUACUUCUCAAAUUGGUCCUCUGUUGAGAAUUGGGGGUGACAGCAGUCCUAUUGUUCGAGAUGGGAGAGUCUCCACAAGCAGUCCACUGGCUACUGCGGGAAUAAUGCAUGGAUCUCCCCUUUCAGAUGAUUCGUCUCAACAUUCUGAUUCUGGUGCAUCAGAUGCUGCCGGCAAUGGAAUAAUAAAUCAUGCUAGGCCUAGACCUCUUGACAAUAGUCUUUAUUUGGAAUGUAUAUUUUCCAUGUGUACAUUAGCAAAGGACCCAUCGCCUCGCAUUGCAAGACUUGGACGGAGAGUUCUUUCUAUUAUUGGAAUUGAACAGGUUGUUGCAAGACCCAUAAGGCCCUCAACUAGCAGUGCUCGGUCAGGUGAACCUACCACCUCUGCUGGUGUGAGGCUUGCUGGACUAGCGCGGUCAGCAUCAUGGUUUGAUAUGAGUUCAGGUCAUCUUCCUUUGACAUUUAGAACUCCACCUGUUAGCCCUCCUAGAGCGAGUUACUUGACAGGAAUAAGAAGAGUUUCUUCAUUGGAGUUUCGACCACACUUACUCAGCUCCCCAGAUUCAGGAUUAGCAGAUCCACUGCUAGGUUAUGGCGGAUCUACUGCUAAUACCGAGCGCAGUCUUCUUCCGCGAUCAACCAUAUAUAAUUGGAGCUGUGGGCACUUCUCAAAACCUCUUCUCACAGCAUCAGAUGAUAGUGAUGAAUUAAUUGUAAAGAGGGAAUCAAAGGAAAGAUCCGCCUUGGACCUCAUAGUGAAAUGCCAGCAUUAUUCUGUUAGCAAGCUAAAUAAUCAGAUUGCAAGCUGGGAUACCAGAUUUGAGACUGGUACAAAAACUACCUUGCUACAACCUUUCUCUCCUGUUAUGAUCGCGGCAGAUGAGAAGGAAAGGAUUAGGGUUUGGAACUAUGAGGAACCAGCCCUUUUGAAUAGUUUUGACAAUCAUGAAUAUCCUGAUAAAGGAAUUUCUAAGCUCUGCCUUUUGAAUGAACUUGAUGAUAGCUUGCUUCUUGUUGCUUCUGGUGAUGGAAAUGUACGGAUAUGGAAAGACUACAUGCAAAAAGGGAAACAGAAGCUUGUGACUGCCUUCUCCUCUUUGCCUGUUCAUGGACCUACUACUCGAAAUGUGAAUGCUGUUGUAGAUUGGCAACAACAAUCUGGAUACCUCUUUGUGGCUGGGGAUGUACCUUCAAUCAAGGUUUGGGAUCUUGACAAAGAACAGCUUGUGCAUUCUAUUCCUUCAUCCCCUGAUAGCAGCAUAUCAGCACUGGCUGCUUCUCAAGUUCAUGGAGGCCAAUUUGCUGCUGGGUUUGUUGAUGGCUCUGUCAGACUCUUUGACAUCAGAACACCUGAAAUGCUUGUUUGUGCUACACGCCCACAUAUUCAAAGAGUCGAAAGAGUUGUGGGAAUCGGCUUUCAACCAGGGCUAGAUGUGCCUAAGAUUGUUAGUGCAUCUCAGGCUGGUGACAUUCAGUUCCUAGAUAUUAGAAAUCACAGCGAUGCGUACCUCACAAUUGAUGCUCACAGGGGAUCACUUACAGCCUUAGCUGUUCACCGGCAUGCUCCAAUCAUAGCCAGUGGUUCUGCAAAGCAGCUUAUUAAAGUCUUCAGUUUAGAAGGCGAACAACUAGGCACCAUUCGCUACCAUCCAACAUUCAUGGCUCAAAAGAUUGGACCAGUUAGCUCUCUGACAUUCCAUCCUUAUCAAGUACUGCUUGCUGCGGGUGCUGCAGAUCCUUUUGUCACCUUAUAUGCUGAUGACAAUAAUCCUGCACGAUAAACCAUGUGCAGUAGCCGAAGCCGAAGGCUAUGGCUUUGUUAAGAUUAAACAUGGGUGAUAUGAUUGAGAUUUAAGUUGAAGUUGCAAAUGGGUUUGUGUGUUAUUUUCAGGAAGAAGAUGGUCGGUGCUUCAGUUGUGUUACUAUCAUCUUAUACCGAGUAUAAAGGGAGUUGUGGAGGUUGGCGUAUGGAGUUGGAUUUUUCAGUUGCAAAUUCAUUAGCCCCCCUGUGUAAAUUUCGAGCGAGAUGGAAAAGAGUCCAUUAUUUCCAGGGAGGCUUUGGCUAAUAAGCUUGCUAUAUAGGUAACGACGGUGUAAAUAUAUAAAUGCCUUUGUGUCUUUGUUGAAGGUUUGUUAUUAAAUGUGUUUUUAGUUUUUACAAUUCCUGAAGAGGGAGGGGUUUUGUAAUGGGUUUCCGUUGUUACAAAUUUGUAGCAUUUUACAAGCAAGCAUUCAUAGGGGGGACAGUGGAACUGGGGUGAUUGACCCGAACGGUUCCAGUAGCUGAGGGAGUGGUGUUUAUGCAUAUUUAUGCUUGUAUUUGCUGAUUAACGAGUGAAAACUAGUCUUAGAGAGAGAUGCUUCAACUCCCCAACAUUUAAGAUCUUGUACAUAGAAUUUCUUUAAUUUGUCAAUUCCCAAGUAUUCAACUCU